AUGAACCCGAUUGUGCCGAAUGACGAGGACAGGACGCCGGUGAAGGAAACUUUCCCUCCGGCUCCAGCGAAUCCGAUCAUCGUUCCAGCGCAGCCAGCUACUCCUGCAGCUCCAGUGAAACCAAUCGCCCCUCCAGUAUUUCCAUCUGACCCAAUGGACAUCAUCAGCCCCCCAGGACCCUGGACAAGAUCGCAGUCAGCCCUUCUCAACGAUAUAUCGGAUGAUGACAAUCUUCCGGCAUUAGAUAGGUCCCGCUCCGCUACUGAAGUUGAAUCUCCGGAACAAUCAGAUGUGGAUACAGAUUUCGGUAAAGGAGGACGUAAAAAACGUCUCUCGUCGCCCAAAAACAAACAGAAGAAAAGAUCAUCAAGCCUGAACUCCAAAAAGUAG